UGAUGCUUCCGCCGCUGACCAUCCACUCUCGAAUCGCAUCGUCACUUGGCGGACUUUUUGGUUAGUAAAAUCCUUCCGAACAUUCCUCGAGAAUUCAUCAUUUUAAAAUGGCUGAUGAGGCUUUUGAGGAAAAUCUGGACUUUCCUCCCCAGCUUCCACCCCCUGGUGGUAACUUAACAGACCAGGAGCGAGAGCUAGCAAACCAGGCACAUAUUGAAUAUGAGGGCCAGCAGUACGACAAGAGCCUAGCAGCUCUCAGCAAGCUUAACGAGAUGAGACCUAAUGAUUACAAGGUGGUACAUAAUAAGGCUAUAAUUCAGUACUGCCUGACCGGGUUGACCAGGACGGAUGAGUUCUUCAAUCACUUGGCAACACUCAGGAAAAAGAUUGAACAUGAAUCGGGUGACAGCAAAGAUGAAAGUGACGUUCUGGACAUGGUGUAUGUCCUAUACAAUGAGGCUGUGGUGUGCUAUAAUUUGCGGCAGUAUAAUAAUGCCUCCAUAGCCCUGGGCAAGCUGUUUAAAGUCAUUGAACCCCUAGACGAGAAUCUUUCCUUCAAAGUCUGUUUUCUUCUGACAGAAUUAUAUUUAAUUAUGCACAAGCCUGAUAAAGCAUCAGCAGUCCUUAAUCAUAUUGAAAAUGUACUGAUGGUAAACAACAAACAAGCCGACACUUCACAACCUACAACACAAGGUUUGCCCCCUACCAAGGACGUGGACGACCUGAACAAAGCCAGGCUACAUCAGUACAAAUCUAGACUAAACAUCAUGAUAAAAUCCAUGAAGGCUUGUAAGAGGGAAAUCAAAUCUGUACUUAACACUGGAAAUUCUACAGUUGGGUUGUUUCUCAAGAGCAAUUUUGAGUACCUACGACAGAACUAUCGCAAGUCUGUAAAACUCUUGAACAGUGUACAAAAGUGCAGUAACCCAAGUCUGGAGUCAGGGCAGUGCAUCAAUACAAUGUACUUCAACAACUUAGGCUGUAUUCACUACCAGAUGCACAAGUAUAACUUAGGUGCAUUCUACUUCAGAAGAGCAUUAGAGGAAAACGACAAAGCUUUGUCACUGUUACCACACGUAGAUAAAAACAACCCUCUCUGUGGCAGACCACUGGCAACUCUCAGACUCGGUCAGCGUCAUGAAAUAGUCUACAAUCUUGGUAUUCAACUACUGUUCUCAGGGAGACCACGGUCAGCAUUCGAUUGCUUGAUACAAGUCGUACAGACCUAUCAUACCAACCCCAGACUGUGGUUGAGACUUGCAGAGUGCUGUAUUGUCGGCGAUCAGAUGGUAAGGAAAACACAGUCAUGUGACAUGAAGGACAGCUGUGGUGGAAAGAGUGGAAUGGUCAAGAGCGUGAUUGGAGAUGGAAUACAUCGCAAGGUCAUCAUUUCCACACAUAGGGAAAAGAGGCCAAGCGUGGACUCAAAUCAGAGCCAAUCAGCAGCAAUGCCAGCAUGCACGCUUGACUUCUCAGCAAUCUGCCUUCAGAAUGCUCUUUUGCUUUUGAAAGCAUGUGUAAACUUGAGCUCAACACAACAAGAUAGUUUUAUGGAAAACCACUUUGACAACAGAGAGGAUGUCUUGGACUUAGAUGGGCAAAGUGAAAACGGUACCAAAUGUCAGCCAUACGAGAAUAGCAUUCCGGCAGCACCUGGACCUCCAAUCAAAAUCAAGGAGGUACCCCACCUAAGGAAUAGCAUAUUGGCCUGUAGUGCAUAUGUGUCGCUUGGCUUAGGGGAUAACGUCACGGCUCUUGGUCAUGCAAAGAAUUUAUUGUCACAGUCAGGACUUCCAGGGUCACUCAAGUUUGUAGGUCAUCUUUACGCGGCAGAAGCACUGAUCAAGUUGAACAGAAUUUCAGAGGCCACAAUUCACUUAGCCCCAGAGAAUGUCAUAGACAUGAACGUCUAUCCUCAGCCACACGCCACAACAGGAAAUCCUGAAAAGGAGAAGGACUCUAAACCACACUGCUGUGAAAAGGUUGACUUUCCUCAAUGUGUGAGUGAAGGUAGAACUACACUGUUGGUUAAUUUGGCAAGCACAUACUGCUUGAGAAACGAAGUUGACAAAGCCAAGCGUUGCCUCAGUCAGGCAUGCAGUAUGUGUCCACCUGACUGGUGUAUGGCGAGGAUUGUCUUAGUUGCUGUGUACGUUGAACUUCUAUCAGGGAAUAUAUGUGGAGCUCUCCAGACAAUUAAGAAGAACCAGUUUCUCCAUACUGGCAAGGGAGCAGUCAAACAGAACAAAGCCAGACUCAGUGAUUACUGGAAAAAUUGAUGACAUUCCGCUGGUUGAGUAGUCUAAUCGAGCUAUGCAAUAUAAUCUUGGUACAAUAUUGAUCCUUCGGCAUUAGGGGGUAGUCAUCCUACAACAAAGGACAAAAUUGGGCGGCUUACAGACUUUAAAAGUAACAACAAUUCUCUUGUUUCUUUGGAUGUAUUUAGUGAACUCAAUAUUUACCGCUCCUGUACAGCGCUUUCUGUGUCCACUUGUUUCCUUUGCUCCACAUAUCAAAAGAAAUGAGCGGACACAGGAAGCUAUGUGAAGGAGGGUAUCCAUAGAGCAUGCUUAGAGCAUAACUCAGAUAAACUUUAGUCUACUUGCUCUAAGGUGAUCCUUUUUAUACACCUAACAAAACAUAUUGACAGCGCAAACAGCAAAGUUGUGAUUGGCAAAUGGCAGUUCUACAUUCUAAAGGAACCUUAAUAUGUCUAAAUAUAUUCCUACCAAAUGCAAAAAAAAAUAAUUGGAGUUUAUCUAUUUUAUUUUUACAGAUAAUUGGUCCCCGUAAGCACUUUCCAGUCGUAGAAUUGACAUUUGACAUUUGCUGUUUGCAUUCACAAACCUUUUUUUAAUCUUUUAUUUUCUCAAGCAGCCUCAGAAAUCAUGUAGAUUUGUGAUGUCCUGAAAUCACCAAGAAAAUCAUCCCUACAUUUUGGGUUUGCAGUUAUCAAUAUUUUGAAGGUGGAUUAUAUUUUUCAAGCAAAUAUGUAGCAGUAAUAUAAUUAAUCCUGUCCUGAAAGGACACAUGGUUUAUAGGUAUACAAUGUGAUAAUUACGUCAAUGCUUUGUGCAUACUCCACUAACUUUAAGGGAAAAACUUAAAGCCGCAUUGUCACCAGUUCACUUCCAGAGGUCAGACGGAAGCCUCAACCGUUUAAAGGCAAAAGUAUCUAUUAGAAUCCGAGAUAUUUAACAGGCCAUCUGCUCUAAAUUAUCAAUCACAUCCUCAAAGAACUUGCAAUAUACACACUGCUUUCAAUAUUUUGAAAUAUUUUUCGCGUUUCCAUAAAAAUCAUCAGAGAUUGUAACAAUGGACCGGAAGUAAACUGGUGAAUAUGCGGCUUUAACAUAUAUAAUAUACUAGAACUAAUGACUUCCUGAGAAUCUUAAAAAAACAAAUAUUAAGACCAUGUUUUUAGGGUCUGUGGAACAUUAUAAAUUGUGAAGAGCAUUAUAGUUAGAUGAACACUACCAUGGCCACCAAGAAAAUCUUAAAAAUUUAGCCAAUCAGCUUUCAAGAAUCUCAGUUUUGACACAAGCUUUAUGAUUCCGUCCUGUCUGAUAGCACUUUUCUUGCAUCACAGAACUAUAAGUUGCCAAGGUAGUAGCUUACACUUUAGUCCACCAUAACCAAUUAAAUUGUCCAGAUAUUUUACUGAUAUUCAUGCAAAAAUGGGGGCUAAGAAUAUGGUUGGUACCUUAACAAAUAAUCUAAAUGAUUGUUUAUGCAGCCCCACAGCGAAAAUGAGAAUAUUAUAAAACAUUGCUUCAUAUGUAAUGAAGGACCAUCAUCCAAAGCAUUGGCUUUAGCAAAGUUAAUAAUUAUUUUGUAAUACUAGUAUUGUUCUAAAAGUGCCCUAUAAUGACUUUUAAUGUUGCUGAAACAAACUCCUAGUGGCGCUGGUUAACUCCAGUGCUACAAUAGGAAUGUUUCUCUCGUUAAUAAGAAACAAAUAAACAUAUUUUUGUUAUAUGCA